CUAGAUGGCAGUAAAGCAGAGACUAAUUAAUAAACAUCAUCCGUUUGUUCGGACGAAACGCUCGUCGAUACAGAGAAGCUAGCUAACAUGUCGGAAUACAACGCAGUUCAAAAAAGCUCUUUAAAACUGAAAGGAGUCUCUGUAGCAAGUAAAAAGAAAAAGAAAAAGGACAAGGAAAGGAAGCGUUUAGAGGAGCAGGCUUUGGCCAGUCAAAACAAAGAAGGAACGAAGAAAGUUUAUGUUGAUAAAAGGACACCAGCACAGAUUGCGUUCGACAAAAUACAAGAGAAACGGCAAAUGGAAAGAAUUUUAAAGAAGGCCUCCAAAACACACAAAAGAAGAGUUGAGGAUUUCAACAGACACCUGGACGCACUGACAGAGCAUUACGACAUUCCCAAAGUCAGCUGGACGAAAUAAAUAUCUAUGGAUUUUCGACUGGGUGAAUUCAGAGCAAAAUCAUCUGCUCUGAUGUUACCAUACAUGCUGAUUGCUUACUCUUCAACAAAGUCCAGGGUUAAUUUUUUUUUGCUCCGUUUUCAUUUUCCAUUUGAGAAGUACUGAAAUGAUUCAUUGUAUAUUUCGAUUUACAAAUUGUAAAGAUAUUCCUUAAGGUCAUUUGCCUGUUAUUGAUCAUUAUGUUUUGCAGCUUUUGAUUAAACUAUUUAAGCUUUUGAUUGGGUUUUGUUUAUUGUAAGGCUUGACCGCCAAAUACGCAGUCAAAGUGUUUUAUUUGUUGCAUUUAGUCUUGGAAUAUUUCUGAAUGGUUAUGGUGGCCCCAAAACAUGUUUGAAAUAUAACUCUAUGUAAAAGCAUAAGUCACUGUUGGUUUAAGAGUAACUUGUUUCACAUAUAAAGUCAUAAAUAAAGUCAGCAAACAGCAC